GGACAGAGCCUGGAGCGUGUUGCUAUUCCUCCCCUCCCUUCCUCUCUCCGUCUCCGCGGGCGCGGCUGCUGCCCCGUUAGUACCCCCUGCUGGAGAGAAAGAAAAUUACACCGGGAUCCAUGCAGCCGGCAAUGAUGAUGUUUUCCAGUAAAUACUGGGCAAGGAGAGGGUUUUCACUGGAUUCAGCGGUACCCGAAGAGCAUCAGCUCCUUGGCAGCUUAACACUAAAUAAAGCUAACUCUGGCAAAAAAGAUGAUAAAAAAGGCAGCAAGGGAAAUAGCAAAAGUGAAACCAGUCCCGAAGGUGGCAAGACGGCUGUUGUAUUCUCACUGAAAAACGAAGUUGGCGGAUUGGUCAAAGUGCUGAACCUCUUCCAGGAAAAACAUGUCAACAUGGUUCAUAUUGAGUCCAGGAAAUCCCGGCGAAGAAGUUCAGAGGUUGAAAUCUUCGUGGACUGCGAGUGUGGCAAAACCGAAUUUAACGAGCUCAUUCAGUUGCUGAAAUUUCAAACUACAAUUGUGACACUGAAUCCGCCGGAGAACAUUUGGACGGAGGAAGAAGAACUAGAGGAUGUGCCCUGGUUCCCUCGGAAGAUCUCUGAAUUAGACAGAUGCUCUCACAGAGUUCUCAUGUACGGUUCUGAGCUGGAUGCCGACCACCCAGGAUUUAAGGACAAUGUCUAUCGACAGAGAAGAAAGUAUUUUGUGGAUGUGGCCAUGGGUUAUAAAUACGGCCAGCCCAUCCCCAGGGUGGAGUACACAGAGGAAGAAACGAAGACGUGGGGCGUCGUGUUCCGCGAGCUCUCCAAGCUCUACCCCACUCAUGCUUGCCGGGAGUAUUUGAAGAACUUCCCUCUGCUGACUAAAUACUGUGGCUACAGGGAGGACAAUGUGCCUCAACUCCAAGAUGUCUCCGUAUUUCUGAAAGAAAGAUCGGGCUUCACUGUGAGGCCGGUGGCUGGAUACCUGAGUCCGCGAGACUUUCUGGCGGGACUGGCCUACAGGGUCUUCCACUGUACCCAGUACGUCCGGCAUGGCUCGGACCCCCUCUACACCCCGGAACCAGACACAUGUCACGAACUCCUGGGACAUGUUCCACUACUUGCGGAUCCUAAGUUUGCUCAGUUUUCACAAGAAAUAGGCCUGGCCUCUCUGGGAGCAUCUGAUGAAGAUGUUCAGAAACUAGCCACCUGCUAUUUUUUCACAAUCGAGUUUGGCCUUUGCAAGCAAGAAGGGCAGCUGCGGGCAUAUGGAGCAGGACUCCUUUCCUCCAUUGGAGAAUUAAAGCAUGCUCUUUCUGACAAGGCAUGUGUGAAAGCCUUUGACCCAAAGACAACUUGCUUACAGGAAUGCCUUAUCACCACUUUCCAGGAAGCCUACUUUGUUUCAGAAAGUUUUGAAGAAGCCAAAGAAAAGAUGAGGGACUUUGCAAAGUCAAUUACCCGUCCCUUCUCCGUGUACUUCAAUCCCUACACACAGAGUAUUGAAAUUCUGAAAGACACCCGAAGUAUUGAAAAUGUGGUGCAGGACCUUCGCAGUGAUUUGAACACAGUGUGUGAUGCCUUGAACAAAAUGAACCAGUAUCUGGGGAUUUGAUGCCUGGAACCAGUGUCGUUGCCAGCGUGAUCUUUUGGGGGCUUAGCAGCAAUUCAGUCAAUGUCAUGUAACACUGAUAACUUUCUGUGUUGUGUCAUGGCUUGGCUAGUAAGCAUGCAAUUCUGUAUAUCUCUAUCUACGUGUAAUUUACUGUGUUAAUGUGUGAAACACCAUAAGGAACCCAGUGACUACAGAUAACCACUCAUUGUUUGAAAUGUAACCUGUUUAAACGUCUUCAAUAGAUUUGACCUUUCCUGCUUGGUGUCCUUAACCAAACUGCAGCUCUUUAAAAUUUGUUACAAAUAGCCUUCUUCUGAUUCUAGCUUAUUACUUUUUCCUUCUCAGAUCUGAGCUUUUCCCCAUGUUCAUUAGAUAAAAUGAAAAUAGCAGUGAAACUGUUUCUAUAGCCCCAGUGUUUCCACAGCAUUAUUUGAGAUAAACCCAGAAUUGUGUGAAACCUCCCAUCACAUUAACAAAGGAUUCAGUAUUCUGUUUCAAAAGGGAAAACUGGUGAGCACACUAGUUGGAAUGGGUUUUCAAUUGAGUAUACAAUGUAAGAAAAGAAAACAUCUUACAAAUGGAACAGAUAGGGGACAUUGACUAUGUAGAAACUGAGGGGUGACAUGCUUUCCAAAUAAUUUUGGAAGAAAAUGCUUCCAGAGGAGCCAUUAGGAAACACUAAAUGGUGGGCAAAAAAAUCUUGAGACUAUGAAUUUUAUGCUGGAAUAAAGUAGAUUAUCAUGCUCAAUUGUUUAGCCCAUUUUUCUUAGAGAACACUAAUAUCAGAGAGCUUGGAUUUCAGAGCUGUGGAAAUGGAUCUCAGAGAGCUGAAGUGCUAGGCACAGUCAGCGUGCGCUAACAUGUUUACAGACCGCUGGACCCCACUUUUGGAUCACUGAGAAGUUCAACUUGGUGGAUUUGUGUGUAGUCAGAGAAGGGAAACCAAUACUUAUCAAAACUAAGGUUUAUCACUAAAGAGGAUUUGGUUUGUGAUCAAGGGCUGCCAGUAGUACAGCUGUCUCCCCCCACAGCUCCAAGCCAAGCCAGGUCUCUUGAGGGCUUGUCCAGUUUGCCCAGAGUUUGGGCAGAUUUGGGCAAAUGGUAGUGAUACAACACACAUGUCUGAUUAUCUCUGCCCUAAGAGGUAUCAUCAGGUGGUUAAGUGAACAAAUAAAAAACUCCUGAA